AUGAUAUCUUCGCUUAGUGUGCUGUUUUUGGUUGCCGCCAUCUGCGCCCUGACGACUACACCGUUGAUUUUCCUGUGCUGCAAGAAGAAGGGAAAGAAGGACAAUAAGAAGCCACCAGCAAAACAGCCUGAGAAGGGCGGUGGAGGACCGGAAUCAAAAUCAAAGGAAGUAGGAGCAAAGGAUGCAGCGGGAAAGGAUGCAGCGGGAAAGGAUGCGGCGGGAAAGGACGGAGCGGCGAAGGACGGCGGAGCAAAACCACCAGCUGCAGAACAAGUACAGAAGAAACCCGAAGAUAAAAAGAAGGCCGCAGCAGGCAAGGGAGAUGCCAAAAAUGUCAAACUUCCUGUUACAUACCACGUUGUGAAGGGAAAACCGACAAGUUCGGAGUUAGCCAAAAAGACGACAGCAACCGCUCAAAUAGCUAUGCCGCCGACAACGACUCUUCCGGUAGUUGGACCUGGUGCUCCAUCCAAAGACAGCAAACAAUCUUCUGGAGUUGCAACUGCACAAAAGGCUGGCGAUGCUAAAAGUGCCACCGGUGGGUCGAAAGCUACAGAUGUGAAAUCGGGAACAAAUGAUGGCAAGUUUUCAUUUUAA